AUGGCGCCGGUACUCAUCGACGACGAUGAAAUUGUUAUUGCUGGUAUCUCUUGCCGUUUACCUGAAUCCAAUAACAUGCAAGAAUUUUGGGAUCAUUUAUUCAACGCUGAAGAUAUGGUCACCGAAGAUGACCGACGAUGGCCUCCUGGAUUGUAUGGAUUACCAAAGCGUAAUGGCAAAUUGAAGAAUCCCGAACUUUUCGAUGCAACUUUCUUUGGUAUUCAUCCCAAGCAAACCAAUACCAUGGAUCCUCAACUUCGUAUACUGCUGGAAUGCUCUUAUGAAGCGAUUGUCGAUGCUGGUCUCAAUCCUUACACCUUACGCGGCAAAAAUUAUGGUGUCUUUGUAGGAGAAACCUUGAGCGAAGCUUUGCACGCUUACCAAUCUGAUGCAGAAUCGCAGAUAGGCUACAGUGCGACUGGCUGCCAUGCCUGCAUGUUUGCCAAUCGAGUAUCAUACUACUUCAAUUUUGGCGGGCCUAGUUUUGCUGUCGAUACUGCUUGCUCUUCAUCGUUAGUCGCUUUCGAUCAAGGUGUACAAUCAAUCAGGAUGGGACGUUGUGAAGGUGCAAUUGUUGGCGGGGUAUGCUGUCAUUUCAAACCCAAUACUGGCUUGGAAUUUCAUAAAUUUGGAAUGUUAUCGCACGAUGGCUCGUGCAAAGCAUUCGAUGCUGCUAGUAAUGGCUACUGUCGUGCUGAAGGUAUCAUUUCAGUACUUUUACUGAAGAAAAGCGUUGCCAAACGUAUUUAUGCCACCGUCCCCUAUACUAAAUCCAAUUGUGACGGAUACAAGGAGCAGGGUGUUACAUUUCCCAAUGGCAGAGCACAAUUUCGCCUAUUAAAGGAAAUCUACAAUGAAGCUGGUAUCAAUCCUGGUGAUGUUAGUUACGUUGAAGCUCAUGGAACAGGUACUAAAGCUGGUGAUCCACAAGAAGUCAAUUCAAUCUGUGAUAUGUUUGCAGGCGAGGUCCGUGGUAAUAAACCUCUACUCAUUGGGACCGUCAAAUCCAAUAUGGGACAUAGUGAGCCUGCAUCUGGAUUAGCAGCUGUUGCUAAAGUACUCGCAUGCACUCAACAUGGCACUUUAACAGCUAAUUUGCACUACAAAAAUCCCAAUCCUGACAUUCCAGGAUUGCUAGAUGGGCGUUUGAAAGUCGUUACAGAAAAUACACCAUUUCCAGAUGGCUAUGUCGGUGUGAACUCGUUCGGAUUUGGUGGUGCCAAUUCUCAUGCCGUGCUGAAACCGAGAAUUUUCCAUGAAGAGGACAGCCAAUUAACAAUAAGUAACGAUUUAUCCAUAGCACUAUGCUCUGGUCGUACAAAAGAAAGCGUGGAGAAGUUAUGUGAACUUGCUAAUCAACAUCAUGAUAAAGCUGAUUUAAUCAAUCUCCUAAAUAGCAUGUCCGAUACACCCACUGCCAGCAAUUAUCAUCCUCAACGUGGUUUCACAAUAUUAAAUUCAGAAAAUGCCAUCCACGAUGUUGAUGUUGCACCAACAAGUAAGCGUCCAGUAUGGUGGGUGUUUUCAGGUAUGGGAGUCCACUGGGCUAAGAUGGGUCGAGAUAUGAUGAAAUUUGAAGUAUUUCGCGAGAGUAUUGAAAGAGCACGUGAAAUGUUACUCCCAACAGGAUUGGAUGUAAUGGAUCUGUUACUAAAUAGUGAUCAAGACACAUUUGAAAAUGUCCGAAACUCAUUCACUGGGCUAGUAGUCAUACAAGUGGCAUUAGUCGAUUGUUUGAAAGCUUGUGGCCUUAAACCAGAUGGUCUAUUCGGUCAUAGUGCCGGUGAAGUAGCUUGUGGUUAUGCUGAUGGAGCACUGACACUAGAAGAAGCAGUGCAGGUUGGCUACUGGAGAGGUCAAUCUAUCUUAGAUGCUAAAUUAGAGAAAGGUGCAAUGGCUGCUGUCGGAUUAACAUGGGCAGAAGCGAAAAAGCGUUGUCCAGAUGAUGUUGUAGCUGCAUGUCAUAACGCAGAAAAAACUGUUACUAUCUCGGGUGAUCCAGAUAAAGUGGAAGAAGUUGUCAAACAAUUAAAAUCUGAAGAAAUUUUUGCCAAAAAAGUAGAGACAGCAGGUGUAGCCUUUCACUCUCACUAUAUCAAGAAAGCUGCACCAUUUUUUAAAGCUGCUGUUGAGAAAAUUGUUACGCAACCGAAGCUUCGUUCAUCUCGCUGGAUUAGCUCUUCAGUAUCAGAAUCUAAAUUACAUGAAGACAUUGCAAAAUACGCUGGAGCAGAUUACUAUGUUAAUAACUUCGUAAGUCCAGUAUUGUUUUACGAUGCUAUGCAGAAAGUACCAGAAGAUGCUAUAGUAAUAGAAAUUAGCCCGCAUCAUUUACUUCAAGCUGUGUUGAAGCGCUCUAUGAGUAAGACUUGUACAAUAAUGAAAACUAUGCGAAAGGAUAACCCUCGCAAUCGAGAACUAUUUUUUACAACUCUUGGCCAGUUGUACAUGAAUGGAGUAAACAUUGAUCCUUCUGCAUUCUUGACUAAAACUUCACUACCGGUUCCGCCAGGUACACCAAUGAUUUCAUCAUCGGUAGUCUGGGACCAUUCACAGGAAUGGGCAGUACCCACUUUAGAGCAUUUCACAAAGAAAGGCGGAAAAGACGGUGGUGCUGCUAUCACAUUUGAUAUUGAUGUCUCUCCUAAUUCACCUGAUCAUUAUGUUCUUGGACAUGCUAUUGAUGGGCGUGUUCUAUAUCCAGCUACAGGUUAUCUUGUGCUUGCAUGGAGAGCAUUAGCUCGUCUUAAAGGUAAAAUGUUUAGAGAGACUCCAGUUGUUUUCGAAGAUGUUACUAUUCAUCAAGCAACUAUCCUACCAUCAACUGGCAGUAUUCAAUUACAAGUCGAGAUAAUGGAUGCAGUUGGAAAAUUUGUGGUAACGUCUGGCAGUAGCUUAGCUGUAUCUGGCAAAGUUAGUCUUGCUGAAGAUGAUAUGGAAAUUAGUCCAUUACCUGCAUUCGGUGAAGAUGAUGCUACACCACUAUCGAAGGAAGAUGUCUAUAAAGAGCUAAGAUUGCGUGGCUACGAUUAUGGUCCAACAUUCCAAGGUAUCGAAACUGCUGCACAAAAUGGAUUGAGAGCGAAACUAUUGUGGAACGGCAACUGGGUUUCUUUCCUUGAUACUAUGUUACAAAUGUCUGUAUUUAGUCUACCAGGGCGUUCUCUAAGAUUGCCAACACGAAUUCGUCAUAUUUGUAUCGAUCCUCGCAAACAGCCAUUUGAUCAUGAAGAGGAAAGUGAGGAUAAAGGAGAGAAUAGCGGUGAAGAAACAACUGAAAAAGUGGAGAAAAGUGAAGAAUUUUUGGAAUAUAGCAUCAAUCCUUAUACAAAUAUGUGUGUCGCUGGUGGAGUAGAACUACAAGGCUUACAUACUUCAGUUGCUCCGCGAAAGCAAGAUAGACAAAAUGCUCCCAGUUUAGAAGAAAUCUAUUUCAUACCGUAUUUCGAGAGCGAUAUUUUUGGAAAAGAUAAGAAUUUAUUGCAAUACAGAGCAGAUAUUGAAGAAUAUGCUGCAAUGAAAUACGGAGAACUUAACACGAAAGCACGACAAAAUCUUGCCAAUGAUAAGAUAGAAGCUUACUUGGACAGUCAAGAUCAUGGUAUAUUUAGCUUAUUGAAUAAAAUAUGCGAAUUGAAACCUGACAAUACAUUUAGUGAAUCAGUUGCUGAAAUAUUAUGGGAGAACAAAAAAUUAUUCACCGAUGACGUCCUUAGUGGUGCGUUGCUAACUGACAGAUACCUGAAAACAUCGGUUGAUGUAGCUUUCGAAAAUAUACUUCAUUCUCCCUUGAAAGUAGCAGAAAUUGGUGCUACUCAUGGUCAACUGUUUAGACGUGUAUUACCGGUCCUUCUUUCACAACCAGAAUCGAACGUCAGUUAUACAGCUCUAGUAGGUAACGGAAAUGAUGAAUCUCAACUUCAGCCGGAAGCAGAAAAAUUUAACGACAUCUCCAUCGUUAACCUUAACGGCAAAUCAUCGAUUGAAAGAAAUUUAAAAAAAUCGUCUCAUUUAGUUGUAAGUAACUAUGCUACAGUACAUGAAAAUUUGAAAGCGGAAGAACAAGUAUCAAUGGCUGCAAAAAUGCUGAAAGAAGGUGGAUUCUUUCUUUUACAUGAAUGCACUCGUAGUUUUGCGACAGUACUAUCUAUAUUCGGAGUAAAUGAUAAAGCAUGGCGUGAUAAGAAUGAACCAGUUCAUAAUAUGUUAUCAGAAGAUGAAUGGGUGAAAAUUUUAGAAGCCGGAGGAUUCAAUGUUGUUGGUAAGAAGAGUGACGGCCUACUAUCAACACUAUUCCUCUGCUGCCUAGAUAAUCCUAGAAACGUUGUCAAUUCGCCAACCAUACUAAACAUCAGUAAUCAGAAUUUUGAUUGGGUUGAUGAAUUGAAAAAAUUCAUUUCAAAUAAUAAGAAUAACCAAAAGAUUUGGUUAUUAAGUGAUCGCAAUAGUACAUCAGGUAUUGUAGGUAUGACUAAUUGCUUACGUAAAGAACCUGGCGGUGAAAAUAUUCGCUGUGUAUUUAACGCUCAGCUAAAUGGCUCCAGUCCUGAUAUAAAGUUAACUCAAGAAAUGAAAAAUAUUCAACGACUUGAUCUUGCUAUGAAUAUUCAUCGUAAUGGAAAAUUAGGAUCAUUCCGUCAUUUAUUUGUACGUAAAGGUGAAUCUUCUGAAUUGACUAAUGAACAAGCAUAUGUGAACGUUGUAACUCGUGGUGAUUUAUCAUCAUUACGAUGGUUCGCUUCAUCAAAGCAUGCUCAACCAAAAAGUGAUGAAGGUUCAUAUUAUAUCUACUACGCACCAUUAAAUUUCCGAGAUAUUAUGUUGGCUGCAGGUAAAUUACCUCCAGAUGCACUACCAGGCGAUUUAGCUUCACAAGAUUGUGUAUUAGGUUUGGAAUGGUCAGGUAAAGACGAAAAGGGCAACCGGGUAAUGGGAUUCGUCAAUGCUAAGGGUUUAGCGACUAAUAUUGUCAUGAAGAAAAAUUGUACAUUCCCUAUUCCUGAUUCAUGGAGUCUACGCGAUGCAGCUACUGUACCAGUAGUAUAUGCGACAGCAUAUUAUUCCCUAAUUACACGAGGUCAAUUAAAAGAUGGCGAAUCUGUAUUGAUUCAUUCAGGUGCUGGUGGUGUAGGUCAGGCUGCUAUUGCUAUAGCUUUAUCGAAAGGAUGCACAGUUUUUACCACAGUAGGUACAGAACAAAAGGUAGAAUUUUUAUUAAAGAAGUUCCCGAAAUUAUGCAGAGAAAAUAUCGGUAAUUCCCGUAAUUUAACAUUUGAAAAAUUGGUAAUGGAAGCUACCAAUGGACGUGGUGUUGAUGUAGUAUUGAAUUCAUUAGCCGAAGAAAAACUACAAGCAAGUGUACGAGUAGUAGCUCGUCAUGGUCGAUUCUUGGAAAUUGGAAAAUACGAUUUAUCUAAUAAUUCAGCAUUAGGUAUGGCUCUAUUUUUACGUAAUGUAUCGUUUCAUGGAAUUUUGCUGGAUGCUUUAAUUGACGGUGAAAACAAGGAAUGGCCGAUGGUACACCGAAUGAUAUUAGAGGGCAUAAAAAGUGGUGUAGUCCAACCAUUAAACAAUGUCGUAUUUAAUCGAAACGACUUAGAAGGCGCAUUCCGAUAUAUGGCUGCUGGUAAACACAUUGGCAAAGUUGUUCUACAAGUGCGUGAAGAAGAUGAUCCCAUAAGUAAGCCUGUAAGUUUAAAGACUAUAUCUCGUUGCUAUUGUAAUCCGCAUAAAAGUUAUAUCGUUACCGGUGGUUUGGGUGGAUUCGGUCUAGAACUGGCACAAUGGUUAGUAGAUCGCGGAGCAGAAAAACUUGUAUUAACUAGUAGAUCCGGUAUUCGAAAUGGUUAUCAAGCUCGUCGAGUGAAAUAUUGGAGAAAGAAAGGUAUUAAAGUAUCUGUCUCUACAUGCAAUGUAACAUCGAUUGAAAGUACCGAAGAAUUAAUUAAACAAGCAGAAGAAUUAGGUCCAGUUGGUGGUAUAUUUCAUUUAGCAGCAGUACUACGUGAUGGAUUUUUGGAGAACCAAACAAAGGAAUUAUUUGAUGAGGUGGCUAAACCUAAAGUCGAUGGCACUAUUCAUUUAGAUCGGGUAACACGAAAGAGAUGUGAUGGUUUGGAAUGGUUUGUAAUUUUCUCAUCGGUGAGUUGUGGUCGUGGUAACGCUGGCCAAGCGAAUUAUGGUUAUGCAAAUUCAGCUAUGGAACGUAUUUGUGAGAGACGACAUCAUGAGAAUUUACCAGCAUUAGCUAUUCAAUGGGGAGCAGUCGAUGAUGUUGGGAUGGUUAUCGAAAGCAUGAAAGCUAGUAAUACAACUGUAAUAUGUGGUACGUUACCACAACGUAUUCACUCAUGCUUAGAUAUGAUGGAGAAGUUUUUAAUCAGUAAGCAUCCAGUGGUAUCCAGCUUUGUUCAACCAACUCGUGAAAGUGCCACAGGAGGAGGUGAUCAACUGACAUCCGAAGAUUUAGUUAAAAGUGUUGCUAAUAUUUUAGGUAUUAAGGAUCCAUCAACUGUAGGCCAAGACUCUACGUUAUCAGAUCUGGGAUUGGAUUCCUUGAUGGGUGUAGAGAUUAGACAAAUUUUAGAAAGAGAUUUUAAUACACCAUUGCCAAUACAAGAAGUUCGACAGCUAACUAUGAAUAAGUUGAGAAAUAUUACUAUAGCAUCACAGAGUACAGAGGAAGCUGGCGGUAAUGACAGUCAAGAAGAUGUAAACGCUAUGCCUGGAGUCCAAGCUAACGAAUUACCGACAAAGGAACAAAUUAAAUUAGGCACAGUAGUUCGAUUGAAUGAAGUAGAAUCAAAUGAAACACCUAUUUUCAUUUUCCAUCCGAUCGAAGGAUCUGUGGAGCGAUUUAAGGAAGUAGCUAGUAAAUUAAAGAUUCCAGCUUACGGUAUCCAAUUAACACCAGAUGCGCCAACAGAAACGAUAGAAGGAUUAGCAUCAUUUUACCUACAGAAAAUUAAGGAAGUUCAAAAUCAAGGCCCAUAUCGUAUCUGCGGUUAUUCAUUUGGUUGUACUGCCGCUCACGAAGUUGCGUUACAGUUACAACGGGAAAAUAAAGAUAAUCUUGAUAAGAUGCACAUGAUUGAUGGCUCAUUCUGUUAUACUAAAGAACGCUUCAAUAUCUAUCGGGAACGUUUAGGAGUAGUCACACAAGAACAAUACGAUGCUGAAGCACUAUUUCACUAUGCCAGGUUAUUUAUUCCUAACUUAUAUCACGGAGAGGCAAUAGAAAAGCUAUUGAAGUUUCCAACAAUUAAAGAUAAACUGGAUCAUAUUACGUCAGCUAUUUCUGAAAAGAUUGCCGACAUUGAUCGAGAGCAUGUAGCUUGGGGCGCUAGAUCAUUUGUCAAUUUAACUCAAGCUAGUGGUAAAUAUGAACCAUCUACCAAAUUCAACGGUAACGUAUUAAUGGUAACAUCAUCAAGUAGGGAUAGUAUCGGUGAGAGCCAAGGUAAAGACUACGGACAACAAGAACAAUGCAAUGGAAACGUUGAAGUUAUUGAAGGAAAAGGUGACCAUGUCACCAUGUGGCAAGAUGAAGGCGCUACCCUCAUAUCAGAAUUCAUAACUUCGCAUCUUUCAUAA